CCAGACAGUCUCCUCUCGUGAGAAUCUGAGGAUCCGACGCACUCAGGGACCCGAGCGGUGUGGGUGGGCGCUUGUUCCGCGGUCACCCGGAGCCGGCGCACGCCGCGCCCCGCCCCCUCUACACGCAGGCUCCGUGCGAGUACACGCACGCGCCCGCGCGCGCGCCCGCUAUAGCCUCGGUCUGGCCUGCGGGGACCCGGCGCGCGGAGGCCGGGCCACUGAGGUACGAGGGGCGGAGCCCGAGCCGCCGCCGCUGCAGCCACCGCCACCGCCGCCGCCGUCGCCACCGCCGCUGCCGCCAGAAGGAGCAUGUCUGCAACUCGAGCCAAGAAAGUGAAGAUGGCCACCAAAUCAUGCCCGGAAUGCGACCAACAGGUUCCUGUUGCAUGUAAAUCAUGUCCCUGUGGUUACAUAUUUAUUAGCAGAAAACUUUUAAAUGCAAAACACCCAGAAAAAUCAUCAUCUACUACAGAAAACAAGCAUGAGGCCAAGAGGAGGCGAACAGAGAGAGUUAGGCGAGAGAAGAUAAAUUCUACAGUAAAUAAGGAUUUAGAAAACAGAAAGAGGUCUCGAAGUAACAGCCAUUCAGAUCAUAUCAGACGAGGAAGAGGAAGACCUAAAAGUGCAUCUGCCAAAAAACAUGAGGAAGAAAGAGAGAAACAGGAAAAGGAAAUUGACAUCUAUGCUAACCUCUCUGAUGAAAAGGCUUUCGUGUUUUCAGUCGCCUUGGCAGAAAUAAAUAGAAAAAUUAUUAAUCAAAGACUUAUUCUCUGAUAUUUGUCACAAGGUGUGUUGAAACUUUCUUCAGGAUUACAUCAGCAAAUUCUCAAACAGUAAUGGACUCUCAGGAGCAUUCUGACUGCAUCAAUAAGGGCCAUUGAUUGUUUCUUUCCUUAUCGUAGCCUGUGCCACUCUUUUUUGAGCAAAGCUGUAGGCUUGGACUGUUCUGGGACUUCCUUGUUUACCAAGGAGUAUUGUCAGUGUUUUGUGUUUGGGAUGUUGUGCAUUUACCACCUCACCCCCCAAAAAAGUGCUGGAUAAAGGAUAAAGGGGUGGGGUUGGGAGUGGAAGUAUGAAAACUAGAGAAAUAAAGUGAUAGUUCGCAGGUUUGCCGCCAGAGAUGCAAUAUUUUAAAUACUUUGAGAAAGAGUGAUUUUUAAAUAUAUAUAUUUCAGGUUUUCAGCACUAACUGAUUGCAUAUUUACAGUUCAUUUAAUAAAUUGGCAAUUGGUAUUUUAUUGAAUGAGGAAUUAGGAAUGUAAACUGUAAAUUUUGUCUUAAAUUGAUUUUUUUCUUGGUCUUUAUUUUUAUGACUUAAGGUAUGAGUUAUUUUUUAGAAACUUUCUAGAUAGUUUGGAAGUUUGGGUGCUAUAUGAAGAAAAACAUUUAAGGAUAUAUCAUCCUUCAGAUGUAAACACCUUGUUUUCUUGAAUGUAAUUUAUUUAUUGGUUAAAAAAAUACUUUUUUGCUCUCAAGAUGGUGCCUGUUAACCUUAACAUAAAAUAUAUUUAUUACAUACAAAAUAUUUCUUAGAUAGCCACUUUUAAGCAGUAAUGUUCUUUCUGAAUGGAUGUUCAUUUAUACGUCUUGAAAAUUAUUUAAAUUGUUACUUAACCUCACUCUGGAGGAAAAAAAUAAACCUUAAUAUUGAAACUAAUA